CCGCCCCUGCCCUCUGCGCCCCGGGGUCCCUCGCUUCCCGGGUUGGAGCCGCACACUGGCCCUCGCCGGCUGGCCGGGACGAGGCGGGGAGGCUGGGAGUCGGGGCCGCCAGGGCGUGGCCGCUCCAAGGGCCCGCCCAGCCACCGGCGCCUCCCCGCGCGCCAAAGUCAAAGUGCGGGUCCCGCCGGCGCGAGCGUGAGCCGCCGCCUCCCCCAGCUCCGCCGCUCUCCUGCAGGUCCCGCGCCGAGCCGCCGCGAACCAGGCAUGGCCACCCCGCCCAAGAGGUUCUGCCCGUCUCCCUCCACCAGCUCCGAGGGGACACGCAUCAAGAAGAUCUCCAUCGAGGGGAACAUCGCUGCUGGGAAGUCCACAUUUGUGAAUAUCCUCAAACAGGUCUGUGAGGAUUGGGAAGUGGUUCCUGAGCCUGUCGCCAGGUGGUGCAAUGUACAAAAUACUCAAGAUGAAUUUGAGGAAUUGACAACGUCUCAGAAAAGUGGUGGGAAUGUUCUUCAAAUGAUGUACGAGAAGCCCGAACGAUGGUCUUUCACCUUCCAGUCGUAUGCUUGUCUCAGCCGGAUCCGAGCUCAGCUGGCCUCUCUCAAUGGCAAGCUCAAAGAUGCGGAGAAACCUGUGUUAUUUUUUGAACGAUCUGUGUAUAGUGACAGGUAUAUUUUUGCAUCUAAUUUGUAUGAGUCUGACUGCAUGAAUGAAACAGAGUGGACAAUAUACCAGGACUGGCAUGACUGGAUGAACAGCCAGUUCGGCCAAAGCCUUGAACUGGAUGGAAUAAUUUACCUUCGAGCUACUCCAGAGAAAUGCUUAAGUAGAAUAUAUUUACGGGGAAGAAAUGAAGAACAAGGCAUUCCUCUGGAGUAUUUGGAGAAACUUCACUAUAAACACGAAAGCUGGCUCCUUCAUCGAACUCUGAAAACCAACUUUGAUUAUCUUCAAGAGGUGCCUAUCCUCACACUGGAUGUCAAUGAAGACUUUAAAGACAAGCAUGAAAGUCUGGUUGAAAAGGUCAAAGAAUUUUUGAGUACUUUGUGAUUGUCCGGGAAACUGCAGGUGACAGAGUGUCUCCAGAUGCUUCAGCUUGCAUGUCUUAGCAGCUUGAUGUUCAUGCGAAGGUCUUCACAGGAUUCAAGUUUUUAAACCAGUUUUGUUUGCGGACAGUAGCCUUUGCUAAUAUUCAGAAUCCCCUGUAAACUUGGAGCUCCUCCUUCACUUCUCUUCCACAUUUUAAAUGAGAAGUGUUUAUCUCACUGCCAAGUCUGGAGGUCGGUGUCCUCAGAAUCAGUACAGCGAGUGGGUAACCUGUUACGGAAGGCCCAGCCUUCUCCUGCCCUCGCGGUGGGUAUCCUGAGCAGGUUGACAUGUUUUUAUUCUCCCUUUAAUGGCCACGUCAGUGCUACAUAUAGAGGAUGUGUGUUUUAUGGAAGUGAGUGUGCCCAUUACGAGCGGAGAAGUAGAGUUUGGGGAACCCCUAGAAUCGGGAUUUGGUUGAGGUGUGCGUUUUGUUUUUCUUCUUGUUCCUUUGAGUGAUGCUGGACAUUGAACCCCCAGGGUCUCAUCCAUGCCAGGGAAGCUUUGUACAGUGAGCUGUCCCCAGCCGGACAUGCUGUUAUCAAGUGCCUCUCCUCCUACACCUCACUGAUGUUCACUAAUGUGUCUGGUGCAUGUGGAGAGGAAGAGGUGAAACUCUGCUCCCAGUAUGGUAAUGGUGGAAUUACUUUAUAAAUCAUUUCAUCUCUACCUGUUUCUUCAUCUGUGAUGAAUACUCUUUUUUUCUUUUUCUUUUUUUUUAUGUAAAUUUUGGAGAAUGGAAGAAAUCUUUCUAUAUUUAAAAGGUAGCAAAGACAUUAUUACAUGAGUAUAAAGCCUCAUUAAAUUAGCUACUGCUCUUCUUAGAGUACUACAGUUUAAAUGCUUGUUUAAAUGACGACUUUUUGUGGGAGGAGACAGGGUCUUGCUGCAGCCCUGGCUGUCCUGGAAUUCAUG